GGGGGCCGUAAAGCGCGGAAGGUCCCGGGCUCCCGCUUCCCGGAACUUUUUACUCCCUCCUUCCCGCCCCCGCUUCCCACCCCCUGUCUCCCCUUUCCGGUCCGCGGCGACCCUCCGGCAACCGUCGUGGCUGUCCCCUUGUUUCCGCCGGGGAGUUGCUGAGCGCGGAGCCCGCGGGGACCCGUGAGUUUGAGUUCUUGGGAUCUCCCAGUUGGUGACAGACAUGAAUUUCUACCGGUUGCUGUCUAUCAUUGGAAAACAGAGAACCAGCCCGGGAUGGCAGAACUGGUCCUCAGCAAGAAGCAGCGCAUCAGCUGCCGAGGCACAUUCCACCACCCUGCCCACCCAGGCACAGGUGGUCAUCUGUGGGGGUGGAAUCAUGGGGACAUCUGUGGCCUAUCACCUCUCCAAAAUGGGGUGGAAGGAUAUUGUCCUUUUGGAGCAGGGCAGGCUAGCUGCUGGUUCUACAAGGUUCUGUGCUGGCAUCUUGAGCACAGCCAGGCACUUGACCAUUGAGCAGAAGAUGGCAGACUAUUCAAACAAACUCUACCAACAGUUAGAGCAAGAAACAGGGAUCCAAACAGGUUACAUAAGGACAGGCUCAAUCUUUCUGGCCCAAACUCAGGACCGGCUGAUCUCCCUGAAGCGCAUCAACUCAAGGCUGAAUGUCAUAGGCAUCCCUUCUGAGAUCAUCUCCCCCAGGAAAGUGGCUGAGCUUCACCCUCUCCUCAAUGUGCACGACCUGGUGGGGGCCAUGCAUGUUCCCGAGGAUGCAGUGGUGUCCUCUGCUGAUGUGGCUCUUGCCCUGGCAAGUGCUGCCUCCCAAAACGGUGUUCAGAUCUAUGACCGGACAACUAUUCUUCACGUACUGGUCAAAAAAGGUCAAGUUGCUGGCGUGGAGACAGACAAAGGACAGAUUGAAUGCCAGUAUUUUGUUAACUGUGCUGGUCAGUGGGCAUACGAGCUGGGUCUGUCCAACGAGGAGCCGGUUAGUAUCCCGUUACAUGCCUGCGAACACUUCUACCUUCUGACUCGCCCCUUGGAGACCCCUCUGCAGAGCAACACACCAACUAUUGUAGAUGCUGAUGGAAGAAUUUAUAUUCGGAACUGGCAAGGUGGCAUCUUGUCGGGGGGCUUUGAGAAGAAUCCAAAACCAAUUUUCACUGAAGGCAAGAACCAGCUGGAGAUUCAAAAUCUACAGGAAGACUGGGAUCACUUUGAGCCCCUGUUGAGUUCCCUCCUACGGAGGAUGCCAGAGUUGGAGACUCUGGAGAUCAUGAAGUUGGUGAAUUGCCCUGAGACCUUCACACCAGAUAUGAGGUGCAUCAUGGGCGAAUCUCCUGCAGUCCAGGGCUACUUUGUCCUGGCAGGGAUGAACUCUGCUGGCCUUUCGUUUGGUGGAGGAGCUGGAAAGUACCUUGCUGAAUGGAUAGUUCAUGGUUAUCCCUCAGAAAAUGUCUGGGGGUUGGACUUGAAACGUUUUGGAGCCCUCCAGAGCAGCCGUACUUUUCUGCGCCACCGGGUCAUGGAAGUCAUGCCUCUGAUAUACGACCUGAAGGUUCCCCGUUGGGACUUCCAGACUGGUAGGCAGUUACGCACAUCUCCGCUCUAUGACCGGUUGGAUGCACAGGGAGCCAGGUGGAUGGAGAAACACGGAUUUGAGAGGCCAAAGUACUUUGUUCCACCUGACAAGGACCUCCUAGCAUUGGAGCAGAGCAAGACUUUCUAUAAGCCAGAUUGGUUUGACAUCGUGGAAUCUGAAGUCAAGUGCUGUAAGGAAGCUGUGUGUGUCAUCGAUAUGUCCUCUUUCACAAAGUUUGAGAUAACAUCCACUGGGGACCAGGCAUUAGAAAUUCUACAGUACCUCUUCUCCAAUGACGUGGAUGUGCCCGUGGGCCACAUUGUGCAUACUGGCAUGCUCAAUGAGGGUGGAGGGUAUGAAAAUGACUGCAGCAUAGCACGACUGAACAAGCGCAGUUUCUUCAUGAUCUCUCCAACCGACCAGCAGGUCCACUGCUGGGCCUGGCUUAAGAAACACAUGCCCAAAGAUAGCAACCUGCUUCUGGAGGACGUCACCUGGAAAUAUACUGCCCUUAAUCUGAUUGGCCCUCGAGCUGUGGAUGUGCUGUCCGAGUUGUCCUAUGCCCCUAUGACUCCAGACCACUUCCCAAGUCUCUUUUGCAAGGAGAUGAGCGUGGGCUACGCAAAUGGGAUCCGGGUGAUGAGCAUGACUCACACAGGAGAACCGGGGUUCAUGCUCUACAUCCCCAUAGAGUAUGCCCUGCAUGUUUACAAUGAAGUGAUGAGUGUUGGACAGAAAUAUGGAAUCCGGAAUGCUGGUUAUUAUGCUCUUCGCAGUCUCCGAAUUGAGAAGUUUUUUGCCUUCUGGGGUCAGGAUUUAAAUACCCUCACCACGCCACUGGAAUGUGGACGAGAAUCUCGGGUGAAAUUGGAAAAGGGCAUGGAUUUCAUUGGUCAGGAUGCGCUGCUGCAGCAGAAGCAGAACGGAGUAUAUAAACGCUUCACGAUGUUCAUCCUGGAUGACCAUGACACAGACCUAGACCUUUGGCCUUGGUGGGGAGAGCCCAUUUACCGGAAUGGGCAGUAUGUCGGGAAGACCACCAGCAGUGCCUAUAGUUUCUCCCUGGAGCGCCAUGUUUGCCUGGGCUUUGUGCACAAUUUUUCUGAGGACACUGGGGAAGAGCAGGUGGUGACAGCAGAUUUCAUCAACCGGGGAGAAUAUGAGAUUGACAUUGCAGGACACCGGUUCCAGGCCAAGGCCAAACUCUACCCCGUGGCCUCUCUCUUCACCCACAAGCGGCGAAAGGAUGACGUGGAGCUGACUGACUUGCACGGGAAGUAAUGCCAGGGCAGUCUCGCCUCCUCAUCAUCUCAUCCCUCUCAGGAGGGUCACCUCAGAGCUUUUCCUCCUCCUACUCCGUCCCCUUAUCUUCUUGAUAUAAUUUUGAACUUGACCUACUU